UCAUGAGGAAAUAAUUGACUUUUAUAACUUCAUGUCCCCUUGUCCUGAAGAAGCAUCCAUGAGAAGAGAGGUGGUGAAACGGAUUGAAACUGUGGUUAAAGAUCUCUGGCCGACGGCUGAUGUGCAGAUAUUUGGCAGCUUUAGUACAGGUCUCUAUCUUCCAACCAGUGACAUCGAUCUGGUGGUGUUUGGCAAAUGGGAGCGGCCUCCUUUACAGCUGCUGGAGCAAGCCCUGCGGAAGCACAAUGUGGCCGAGCCGUGCUCCAUCAAAGUCCUCGACAAAGCUACGGUACCAAUAAUAAAGCUCACAGAUCAGGAGACUGAAGUUAAAGUCGACAUCAGCUUUAACAUGGAGACUGGCGUCCGGGCAGCAGAGUUCAUCAAGAAUUACAUGAAGAAAUAUUCAUUGCUGCCUUACUUGAUUUUAGUAUUGAAACAGUUCCUUCUGCAGAGGGACCUGAAUGAAGUUUUUACAGGUGGAAUUAGCUCAUACAGCCUAAUUUUAAUGGCCAUUAGCUUUCUACAGUUACAUCCAAGAAUCGAUGCCCGGAGAGCUGAUGAAAACCUUGGGAUGCUUCUUGUAGAGUUUUUUGAACUGUAUGGAAGGAAUUUUAAUUACUUGAAAACUGGUAUUAGAAUAAAAGAAGGAGGUGCCUAUAUCGCCAAAGAAGAGAUCAUGAAAGCCAUGACCAGUGGGUACAGACCAUCGAUGCUGUGCAUUGAGGACCCCCUGCUACCAGGGAAUGAUGUUGGCCGGAGCUCCUAUGGCGCCAUGCAGGUGAAACAGGUGUUUGACUACGCCUACAUUGUUCUCAGCCAUGCCGUGUCACCGCUUGCGAGGUCCUAUCCAAACAGAGACUCGGAAAGUACUUUAGGAAGAAUCAUCAAAGUAACUCAGGAAGUGAUCGACUACCGGAGGUGGAUCAAAGAGAAGUGGGGCGGUAAAGCCCACCCAGUGCCGGGGCUUGACAACAGAAUCAAGAUCAAGGAGCGAAUAACCACGUGCAGUGGGGAGCAGGCCCAGAACCGCGAGUCCGAGUCACCCUACGGCCAGCGCCUGGCGUUGUCCCUCUCCAGUCCCCAGCUCCUGUCCUCGGGCUCAUCUGCCUCUUCCGUGUCUUCUCUUUCUGGAAGUGACGUUGAUUCGGACACGCCGCCCUGCACGACGCCCAGCGUCUACCAGUUCAGUCUACAAGCUCCCACUCCCCUGAUGGCCAGCCUGCCUACCGCCUUGCCCAUGCCCAGUGGCAAACCUCAGUCCACCACUUCCAGAACACUGAUCAUGACAACCAACAAUCAGACCAGGUUUACUAUACCUCCACCGACCCUAGGGGUUGCCCCUGUUCCUUGCAGACAAGCUGGCGUCGAAGGAACUGCGUCUUUGAAAGCCGUCCACCACAUGUCUUCCCCGGCCAUCCCCGCGGCCUCUCCCAACCCGCUGUCGAGCCCUCACCUGUAUCAUAAGCAGCACAAUGGCAUGAAACUGUCCAUGAAGGGCUCUCACGGCCACACCCAGGGCGGCGGCUACAGCUCUGUGGGCAGCGGUGGCGUACGGCCCCCUGUGGGCAACCGGGGGCACCACCAGUACAACCGCACCGGCUGGCGGAGGAAAAAACACACACACACGAGGGACAGCCUGCCCGUGAGUCUCAGCAGAUAAUGACCCCGGCUGCGCUGGCCUCCCCGCACCCUCCGCAGACUGCCCAGCGGCCUCGGGCACCGGCAGGGGAACCGAGACCAACACCCAGUGCGCCAGCCCGGGCCGCGGCCACUGCUGCUGAUCACUCUGCAUGUUUCUCUGUGUGGUGGUCGCGUCCAUCCUAAAGAACAGCUCGUUGUGUUCAUCUGUGAAGCCUUAUUAAACGUGGACGUUGUUUCUGCCUUCCCAGGAUUCGUCAUUCAGUGCCGAAGCAGGUCGGGCUCAGGAGCUGCAGGGACGUGGACACACGCUUGCGGUCUUGCAGUAGCCGCGCUGUCCCCUAGCGGUUUGGUGUUCUCAUUUCACGUCUGUUGCAGCGGCAGCGGAGACAGCCCCGCGUGUGCAUCUUUCCUCCAGGAUGGGCUUGGGAGGUCAUCGUUUUACUGCCCUCACAUUUUGUUUGAAACUUCAGGACUGUUUUUCUAUGUAAAUAUUGAAAACUUAUGAUUUGUGCAAUAACUCAGAUAUUUUUUAUUUAAUUUCAUAUUUCACAUAAGUUAUAUUUAAGGGAGGAGGGAAUUUUUUUUAAACAAGUGUAGAUCCUUUCCCGAGUUGCAUUUUCUAAGUUGGGUUCAUCGUGUUGGCUGGUUGUCUGAUGAGCAUCGUUACAAACACCGUGAUGAGGGGCUUGGGGUUUUAUGUGGAUGUCUUUUCUUUCGGUCAGAUGUGAGUGGGGGUCCUGAGUGGCCCUGAUGGCUCCCAAGGGGCUCAUCACAGAGCCUCAGACAGCUCCCGCCACGGGCCUCAGCCAUUGUCUUGCUCUGACCACCGAGUUUUAAUGUUUUGGUUUUGGUUCUUUUAAACUAGACAACAAAUCCAGCAUUUUAAGUGCCAGAAGUAUAACUUUCUAAGGGGAGAAAAGGUUGUCACAUUAUAAAAUCUGAAAACAUUGUGAACUUGGCAACAACACUUCAGUGAGUUUUAGUAACAUAGCCUGUAAUGAUGGGUCUGGAAGAUCAUUACGGACCGUGGUACCCAGUUUUAGGAAUGUGGAGAAAGGAAUUAUGUUGAUUCCGUGGAGGAAUCUGUAGCAGUAUGCAUUCGUUCUGUUAAGAGCAACCAUAGGAGACGUGCUUCAGCCGCCCAGUGCGCCGGGGAGUGUCUGACGUGUCGCAGGAGAGCACAGCCCAGCGUGGGCCGGGAGCACUGGCCGACGCCGGAAGCAUACAGGUAUACUAUGCAAGUGUAUUCUGCCACAACCACCACCGUCUUUGUUACCUUUUUUUGAACAAGAAUAUGUCCAUCCUGCCUGCCCUGAGUUUCCGGAGCACCGCAGUGGUCCUGGGAGUUGGCUGUGCCCUGCGGGCCAUCUGACUUCCUGCUUUUACAGGGGGCUCCGACCCCGCCAAACACUACAGGUGGGUUGGUCUUUGAGGCCCACUAGUGGAGAGUAUGGGGAUGGGAGCGUGUCACCAUGACGCCUUCUGGUGUGCCUGCAGCCAGGGGAGCCGUGGGCUGGCGUCGGAACGUGGCGGCCCCCAGCCAGGAGGAGGGUCUGCGGCCUGCCCUUCUGAGCAGCACCAGCCCCUCCUGCUGCAGGAGCUGCCGACUCCCGCCGCAGGCGCUCUCGGAGGCACCCAGAGUCGUAGCACGUUGUGUCUGCAGUUCUCGGUGACCGGAAGUUAUCAAAAAUAUUUAAAAAUAUUUAAAUUGUGAACCUAUUGAUAAAGAAUAUUUAUAAACACUGAACCAUAGGCCUGUACUAAUCUCUACACAUUAGCAAUAUUGACUGUAAACCUACAUUAAGGAAACCACCGCGGGAGCGUCCCAUGGGGUGUGCAUUUUAAAGCUCAGUCAUAGACGCAGGUACCAUGUUCCAUUUCCGUCAUGGUGAACCAAAUGAAUUGGCCUGGCUACCACUGUGGUCGCGUGCUACAGGUUUGACAAAAAGAUAUCAUGUUUCGAUUUUUUUUCUGUGUGGACAGCAAUGUGAAAGCUAAAAUUGACAUAUUUUUAUGUAAAGUUUUUCUAUUCUUUGAUUUUUAAUAAACUUUGGAAACCAG